AUGGCUGGAACAGAGGAAUUUGUGGAAGCAGAUAAUGCAGAAGCCAUAAUCACCAGAAUCGAACAAAAAUCUCGAAAGAUCGAAAGCUUACUCAAACAAUACAAACCAGUCGAAGCUCUAAAAACUGCUCUUGAAGGCUCACCUCCCAACACCCGAGACGAACGCUGCAAGUCUGCAAAUUGGAUAAUGGUGCAUAGAGCUAUUAUGGCUAUAAAAGAUGUUGAUGGAAUGUUUUCUUCUUUGGAUCCUGAGUACUACGACAUUCUCAUGAAGUACUUGUAUAGAGGCUUGUCUACUGGAGAUCGGCCCACAUGCGACCAGUGCCUUCGGAUUCAUGAAAAACUGACAGAGAGAGCUGGUUUGGGAUGCAUACUGCGGUCCCUUGCAGACACUGUCAAUACAGUUUGA